AUGUUCGUCAAGAUUUUUACAUUCCUCCUCCUGCUUGUUGCAGUCUCCUGCGAUCUGAGAAGCCAUAGAGCUCUUCGGCAUGUGGACUCAGUCGGAAGCAGCAAUGUCGCUCCACUUUCCGGUCCUUACCCUAGUAUGGCCCAACUUGAUGCCAGUCCUGGCAAUGCAAAUGCUGUAGGAGUUAAUACACCUUCAAUAGCAGGAGGUACCUCACCCUUAGCCCCGGUGAUGCUUGGUUAA